AUGGCCAACCCAAACCCGCUCAAUGCGCGUGCCAUCCACCUUCGCUCACUUCAUAAACCUGGAGACCCUCUGGUGCUUUGCAACGUCUAUGACGGUGCCACCACACGCAUUGUGCUCAAACACGGCGGCGCCAAAGCCCUUGCGACGAGUAGCUACGCUGUAGCUGCUGUGAGAGGCAAGCGGGACGAAGACCUUGACCCCGACAUGCUCAUUUCUGCGGCCCGUGAUAUCGGUAACGUAAUCAACGAACACGAAGUUUCACUAAAAUCCGGUAAUGGCAACGCUGGCAUGAUCCCGCUUACCAUUGACAUGCGUGACGGCUGGGGCGACCGGCUAGAAUAUGUGGUGAGAGGACUGAUCGAUGCGGGCGUUGUGGGGUGUAACCUCGAAGACGAAGAUGCCGAGACGGGCAAACUAAUGAGUUGCGACGAGGCAACUGCACGUGUUCGAAGGGUUGUGAAAGAGGCCGAAAGGCUUGGGGUUCCGGACUUUGCGAUUAAUGCAAGAACGGAUGUUCUAGGUCAUGGUGGGACUAUUGAUGAAGCGAUUUGCAGAGGGAAAGCUUAUCUCGACGCCGGAGCGACCUGUGUAUUUGUUUGGGGCGGUUUGGGAGGUAGAGGUGUGUCUGGAGCUGAAAUUCUGAAGCUGGUCGAAGCGUUGGAUGGACGAUUGAAUGCCAGGUUAAAGACUGGACCGGGAUAUUUGACAAUUCCCGAAUUGACGAAGAUGGGCGUGGCCCGGAUUAGUUUGGGCAAAGAGUUGCAUGAUAUUGCGAUGAUGGCAUAUAAACAGACCGUCACUCAGUUAUUAGCAGGAUAG